AUGUUAAUGACCCGUGCAAGCACUUCCCACCCCUACCUUCCUUUAGAGCGCAAGAUUAUUAACGCAGUCAGUAUCGGCAGGCAUCUCUGUCACUGGUACUCAUAUUUUUUGUGAGGUCUCCCUAUUUUCCCAUCGGAUAUGAUCUGGAGACUUGUGGUCCUUGGCGGGGUGUGCGUUUGUCUUCUGGGCGCUGAAGGCAGAAGCCGCGGGGGGAGGACGGUGACUUUCCACCGGACUCAGCAUGAUGAGAGCCAGGGCCAAGUGCGCGCACGCUCCAGGAGGGAAACCAGCAGCUCAUCAGGUACAUCCAAGCUUUCUCACGGUCCUCCCUUCACCUCCUGCCGGCUCAGCCUCACCACGGCCGAACACAAAGUUCUGGAUCACAAUACACACGAGACCGGGUUUAACGGUGAUGAUGGCUCCUAUGUAAUUCUCACAUGGGUGGGCGAUGGUACAGGAGUGAUCCUGGUGCUGUCUACAAUUAGUGCUCCUAUCGAUUCUUUUCUAGAAGGAGGCUCCUCACGGCUUUACAGAAGUACGGAUUAUGGAAAGUCGUUCCAUGAUAUUUCCCACCGUAUCAACAACACUUUCAUAAGGCAGGAGUUUGGAGUCAGUGUUGGACCAGGCAGCUCCGUGAUAUUGACAGCCGACACACCGGUGGUGGACAACCCAGGGGGGAUCGUCUUCACCUCCACUGAUGCCGGUGCAACCUUCAAGUUCAUCCAACUGCCCUUCCAUUUGGCUCAGCCAAUCACGUAUCACUUCCUCAACCCUGACUACCUUGUGGCUCUCAGCAUCGAUGGCGGUCUGUGGCUCUCUCUGGACUUUGGUGCCAGGUGGACAAAAGUUCAUGAUGGAGUGCAUUCUUUCUCAUGGGGCGCUGGUGUUAAUUUGUUCUUCAGCUGCAUUCGAGUGGGGGCAGUUGAGGCAGACGAGAGGGGAGACUUACUGCUGAAGAGGACAAAGGAUCUGGGGAAGACCUUCACCACAAUCCACGAGGACAUCUACAGUUUCGGCUACAUAGGAGCCUUUCUCUUCUUCUCUGUGAUGGAAGAUUCGAGAUCCCCUCGUGUCAUGUAUUUCUCUUCAGACCAAGGAGAUAGCUUCAGUCGAGCGCUGCUGCCUUCUGCUUCCACUGAGCAGUUCUACUCCAUCCUGGAUGGAGACGAGGACAUGCUCUUCAUGCAUGUGGACAACCCGGGAGAUACCUACUUUGGGACCAUGUACACGUCAGACGAUCGUGGGAUCUUGUUCUCCAAAUCCCUGGAGCGCCAUCUGUUUGAUGGACAGAGGAAGAGCGACUUCACCAACAUCACCUCACUGAGAGGAGUGUACCUCACUAAUAGGCUAGACGAGGAUGGCCGUAUAAGAUCUGUCAUUUCCUUUAACAGAGGAGGAAUGUGGCGACAACUUAAGAAACCUGAGAAUGUGGACUGUGAAGAGCAAAUUCAGAAUUGCAACCUUCACAUUCACGGAGAACACAGUAGAAACAACCGAAUAGUUCCCAUGUUGGCUCUGUCUGAACCAACUGCUAUUGGUCUUGUAAUUGCCCAUGGCACUGUGGGUGAUUCUCUGUCAUCAUCGCAGCACCCAGAUGUGUUUGUUUCCUCAGAUGGGGGUUAUAACUGGAGGGGGACACUGAGGGGACCUCACCACUACAGCAUAUUGGACUCUGGUGGUCUCAUUGUGGCUGUGGAGGCUCAGCGGGAAGGACAAGUGAAAACUAUCAAGUUCUCCACAGACGAGGGCCAGUGCUGGAAGUCGUAUAACUUCACUGAUCAGCCCUUCUUCUUCGCAGGCCUGGCCUCUGAGCCAGGCACCAAGGCCAUGAACGUCAGCGUGUGGGGCUUCCGGCCGGAGGACGACGGGCAGCCCAUGUGGGUGGCCGUCACCAUUGAUUUCCAGAGCCUCAUUACCAGAGAGUGUAACGACCAGGACUAUGAAGAGUGGCUGGCUCAUUCUACAGAAGGAGGGGACUCGGAGAGAAACGGCUGUGUCCUGGGAGCCAAGGAGACAUACAGGAGGCUAAAGAAACAAUCUGUAUGCAGAAAUGGGAAAAGCUUUGUGGUGAGCAAGAAGCAAAGCCCCUGCCUGUGUACCAGAGAAGACUACUUAUGUGACUAUGGCUACUAUCGUCAUGUAAACACAUCAGAGUGUGUGAGACAACCCAACGCUGCAAAUAAAACUUUGGAGAUCUGUUUGAAUGGAGAGGAGGAUGAGCUGCUGACAGCAGGGUAUCGCAAGGUCCCGAGUGAUAAGUGUGAGGGAGGCUUCACUCCUCAGCUUGCAGUGCAGACAGUCAUCAGACCCUGUGGCGUUAAACCCAGCCCCGGCCCACCUGCCAAGUCAUCGUCUCCAGACGCAGACUUUGACACGCCGCGGGAGAGGCUGGUGUUGAUCCUGGUGUGCGCAGGAGCAGGAGUCAUCGUGCUGGUAGCUAUCGUUUCUGCUCUGCUUGCUGUCAAGAGAGUGGUUUCUAGAAACAGGACACCCGUUUACCGUUUCUCCAACCUCCAGAUACAGGAUGAUGAGAACUUUGUCACAGCCGAUCUCGAGAGUGGGACCAGCAGCAAUGGCACGGCCUGCCAACAGGACUCAGAUGAUGAUCUUCUUGAAUGACACAUGACACAUUUUUAUGGACAUAACAGAGAUUCAGGAUUGAAACCAGCUGUGCUGAAAAAGACUGUCAACUACGUUUCGUUGGACCAGUCCCUCGUAUUUGGAUGGGAGCAACCUUUGUGUCUGAGUUCUGAGGAUUUGAAUGACAAACAUGAAAAUGUUAAAUGUCUUAAUUUAUUGAGCUUACUUCAUGUUAUUGCUUUACUUUGCUUACUCUGAUUUGUACAGUAUUUUUUUUUAUUAUUUUACUCUGUUUUGCACCACCUUUUUACUUCUGUUAAAUGUGAAAACAAACAUGACAAUCCUAAAACAUUUGAGAAAAAUAAAUUAUUGCAUAUUAUUAUAUUUUCAUCCCGUUGAGUGUAUUACAGUUUAAAAUAAUCCACAAUUGGUUUAAUUGCGCAAUAAACUUUUGCUUCAAAGCUUCCUCCCAUCAGAUGGCACUGGCGGUGCCGGAACCUGUCCCAUCUGUUUAAAAGUGAGCAGAGAAGAAGACAGAGCAGGAAGUUGGUGUGACGGAAACAGAGAUAUUGUGUUGACAGAUAUCUUACUCGUGAGAUAACUGAAGGUAAAAUAGUCAGUAUGGGGUUAUUGUUACAUUUAUUGAUGAUAUAAGUUUUUUUGGUGAAAUAUUUCACACACACAUAUACAAAUGUAUUAAACCACCCUCAAAACUAUCAGAACAAAUUGACACUGAAACUGUCUGUAUUAUUUAUAUGCUUUUUAAAAAAAAAUGUUUUACGAAUGAGACGUUGUAAAGGAAGUGUUGUUUUCAUUCACAUUUGCUUUGUUUUUUUUUAAAUAAAUUAUCACAUCUGCAUGAAUGUGAUAUUGCUUAAAUUGUUUAAAAUCCCUUUUUUAUCGCUUGCAUACUUGUUAGUUUCUCCUCAGGGUUUUGUAAAAACCCUGAGGAUACUUACUAUAAUAAAUAUUUGUUUUUAA